CAUCACCCAGCGAGUGAGAUGCAGCACGUGAUUGAGUCUGAGAAGGUGGCAGAAAUCCCAGUUGCACAUGAGUAUGGCCAUGACCAUUCCAGGUUGCAUGCCUACAUUGGUGUAUCCCUUGUCCUUGGCUUUGUCUUCAUGCUGUUGGUGGAUCAGAUAGGCAGCUCUCAUGUGCACUCUACAGAUGAUCCAGAAGCUGCAAGAUCAGGCAACUCCAAAAUCACCACAACACUAGGACUAGUAGUUCAUGCUGCAGCUGAUGGUGUUGCAUUGGGUGCAGCAGCUUCUACUUCUCAGACUAGUGUCCAGUUGAUAGUAUUUGUUGCGAUUAUGUUGCACAAGGCACCAGCUGCCUUUGGCCUGGUUUCCUUCCUGAUGCAUGCUGGGCUGGAACGGAAUCGAAUUAGAAAACACUUGCUGGUCUUUGCGUUAGCAGCACCUGUUAUGUCAAUGGUGACAUACUUAGGGCUAAGCAAGAGCAGCAAAGAAGCCCUUUCAGAGGUUAAUGCCACCGGAGUUGCUAUGCUGUUUUCUGCUGGGACUUUUCUUUAUGUUGCCACAGUUCAUGUCCUCCCAGAAGUAGGAGGAAUUGCUCAUAGCCACAAACCUGAAUCAACUGGAGGAAAAGGACUCAGUCGUCUGGAGGUGGCAGCCCUAGUCAUGGGGUGCCUUAUUCCUCUAGUUUUGUCCAUUGGACACCAUCACUAAAUGCUCGAAUUUCACCGUUCUCCUCAAUCUGACAAGAGCAGUAAAUGUCGGCUGCUCCCUUUAUCAUUGUCUCUUACCCAUCAUCCAUCCCAUCCACUUUAUGGAGUUCAGAGGGAACCUUGAUUGCAAAAUGAGGAAUACUGGGAAAGCUUUUAGUGUAGCAAAAUGUACUUUGGCAGCCGGAUGUAAUUCUAUGUAACUUUCUUUUCUGAAGACGUUUGCUAUUUUAAUUGUUACUUCUGGCCCUAUUCUCAGGGAAGAUGGAAUUUGGAGUUUAAGAAAGGUGAGCAGGGAAGAACCUAGCGACUCAUCGUGAAAUUGCAAUCACCAAAGUAUCCUGCAAU